AUGUGGAGGGGGUUGAUCCUGAGAAACACCAGCUCCAAGUCGUGGUUCCUGCAACCCGACAAGCUUCAAUUCGCCGAAAAUUUGACCGUCGUGUCCUACCUAUUGCUCAUCAACACAGGCAACAUCGGCAAUGCCAAAACCGCUGGUCUUGACCAUGAUCUCCACCUCGAUGACUACCAGUGGUCUUGGGUCUUGUACUCAUUCUACAUUUGCUACAUCGUCUUCGAGUGGACCACUGUCAUGUGGAAGAUCCUCCCCGCCCACUUGUACAUUGCUUCUCUUUGUAUCUGCUGGGGAGCAGCCGCAAUGUGUAGCGGUGCCGUCCGAAACUUCGCCGAGCUGAUUGUGUGUCGAUCUUUGUUGGGCGGGUUCGAGUCUGUCUUUGGUUGCGGCGCACCCUAUUUCCUCUCUCUGUUCUAUCAACGACAAGAGCUGGGGUUCCGUAUCUCUGUCCUGAUGGGCAUGUCUCCGGUUGCCAACUGCUUUGCUUCCGCUCUUGCCUAUGGCGUUACCCACAUCAAAGGAUCUCUCGAGCCAUGGAGGUAUCUGUUCAUCAUCGAGGGCGCACCCACUGUAAUCUUCUCAGUGGUUGUCUUUUUCUUCCUCCCCGACUCCCCAGGCACAGCAUGGUUCCUCAAUGAAUCCGAGCAAACAGAAGCCGUGGAGCGUCUCCAGACAGUCGACAGAACAGCCAAGAACCGACUACAAUGGGAUCAGGUUCUCAGCGGGCUAUCCGACUACAAGAACUACGUCCACAUGACCACCCAUUUCUGCUGCAACUACUCCUUCUCCGGCCUCUCCAACUUCCUCCCUUCCAUCCUGGAGGCAAUGGGCUACACCUCGAUCAACGCCCAGGGUCUAGCAGCACCACCCUACUUCGCCUCGUUUCUGUGCUGCAUGGCGGCUGCCGUCAUGUCAGACAAGUGGGGCAACCGCGGCUUUGUACUAACAUUCUUCGCACUCAUGGGCGCGAUCGGAUACCUGAUCCUUACAUGCGUGCAGGACGAAGCCAAGACGGCGGCGCGGUAUGCCGGCGUGUGGCUUGCGACGUGCGGCGUCUUUCCGGCGCUGGCGCUGAACGUGACCUGGUUGUUGAAUAACCAGGGAGGCGAAAGUAAAAAGGGCGCGGGCAUGGCCAUUCUUGCGAUCUUUGGGCAGUGCUCUAGCUUGAUCAGUAGCUCCGUGUUUCCGGAUACUGAUGCUCCACUGUACACCAAGGGUUGUGCUAUUGGAUGUGCUCUGACGGGGUUGGUUGCGGUGCUGGCCAUGGGGUUGCAUAUUAGUUUGUCGAUGGAGAAUCACAGACGGGAUCGUUGCUAUGGUACUGUGAGUAAGGACCACAUUGUUGAUGUGACUGAGGGAGGGGAUCGGCAUCCCAAUUUCCGGUAUCUUACUUGA